UCCCAAUCGCGAAGAAACAGAAAAAGAAUUUCCCGCUUUGGCUAGUGAAGAAUUGUUAGAUAUGUUUCGUUGGUUUAAUAAAUACGGAGUUUUAGGCGAAGAAUUUAGCGACAUUUCCAUCGCUAAAGAUUUACAUCCAAAUAUUACUUCUUUUGAACAAUAUGCUUACAAGAAUUGGA